AUGAAUCACUUAGCAGAUUUGUUACCAAAGUUGUUCCCAGAUUCUCAGAUAGCCAAAGAUAUUAGAUUAAAAAGAACUAAAGUUCAAGCUGUGAUAAAUAACUGUAUUGGGGAAACUGAAAAAGAAAACUUGAUCAGUGACUUGAAAUCACAAAUGUUUUCAAUUUUGAUAGACGAAAGCACAGAUAUUGCUGUAGUAAAAACAGUAGCUGUAGUGGUCAGAAAUUAUGUAAAUUCCGCUCCUAUUGAAACUAUAGAUCCAAUGACAGAAAUAAAUCACAAGGACCUAAAAGACAUAUAUCUAGGUUUAGGUGUCCAGAAAGAACUAGAUUCUGUUGAAAAUGAAGAAAGAAAGUUAACUCUCAGAAAGAUGUGUAAAAAUUUUAUUAUUAGAGCUUGUGUGGGCCUUUGUAAACGAUACUGUUUUAAUGACAAAAUUAUGACAGAAAUAGCAAAAUUUGAUCUAGAGAAAGUAAUUUCUGAUGACAGGGAAGAGUCAGUUUCGUCGUUAUUUCCAUUACUGCCCAGAAUUGCCCCAACUUCAAUCCAACAUCAACAAGAACUAGAUGAUGAGUGGCGGAAGUUGCCGUUAUACUACAAAGAUUUGGAUUUAAGUCAACCCCCUGACGUAUUUUGGCACCAGGUAAGUUUCCAUGUAAACUCGAAGCAACGUGAAUUCAUAUUGGUUUCUAUUGUUAUAGCAGCCUAA